CAGAAAGUUAGCGCAGCACUGCCCUGCAGAUAGCUGAGUUGGAAGUGAGGGCAGGCUGAGCCAACCUGCCACUCCCCGCUCAGGCCUUCACGGGCGCGCGCCUCUGCUCCUGCGCGCCGUCACGCUUCACUACCAACAGGCACGGAAUUCCAGGGAGGAAGUCACGGAGAUUGGGAAACGAACAACAACUCCAAAGGUGCCAAAAACACAACGAACCUGGAGACGAGAGGAAGUCAGAAUACGGCAAUUCCUCAUUGUGAGAAGUAAAAACAUCUAACUUUGGAAUAUGGACUAGAGGCGCCCGGUGACUGCAGAUGGAGGCGGCGAGAAGUUUGGUGUUUGUCGGGGCCGUGCUGCUCGGAGUGACGGGCGCGUUGGGCAGAGAAGUGUGCCUUGGUACAGACAUGAAGCUGGCCCUGCCCUCCAGCCUGGAAAACCACUACGAGACCCUGAAGCUGCUGUACACCGGCUGCAAGGUUGUCCACGGCAACCUGGAGAUUACACACCUUCAUGGAAACCCUGACCUCUCCUUUCUACAGGGGAUUGUGGAGGUACAGGGCUAUGUACUUGUAGCUCAUGUAUCAGUGAGUCUGGUGCCUUUGGACCACCUUCGGAUCAUAAGAGGCAGCCAGCUGUACAACUCCAGCUAUGCCCUGGCUGUGCUGGAUAACACUCUGGACGGACAGGGGCUCAGGACACUCCGGCUUCGUAGCCUCACAGAGAUCCUGUUGGGUGGGGUGUAUAUUUGGGGGAACCCCCAGCUGUGCUUCCCAGACCCCCAGAGCAUCACUUGGAGGGACACUUUGGACGAGCAGAAUAUCCACGCCAAGCUGCACAGACUGCAGCCUCGGGCCUCUAAAUGUCCCAACUGCUCCUCUGCAUGUGGGAGAAGCUGCUGGGGAGAAACUGCACAGGACUGCCAGACCUUGACCCGUAUUAAUUGUGCGUCUGGCUGUCAGCGGUGUAAAGGUCCCCUUCCCAAUGACUGCUGUCACAUGCAGUGUGCUGCUGGAUGCACAGGCCCCAAAGACUCAGACUGUUUGGCUUGCCGUCACUUCAACGACAGCGGUAUGUGUAAGGAGAACUGUCCUCCACCUACUAUCUACGACCCCGUCACCUUUCAGACAAAACCCAACCCAAACAAGAAGUUCAACUUUGGAGCCACCUGCGUCAAGACGUGUCCUUAUAACUAUCUGGCUAUGGAAGUGGCCUGUACUUUGGUUUGUCCAAGAGCCAAUCAGGAAGUUAUCAUCAAACACCCUGACGGAAACGAGACGCAGAAAUGUGAAAAGUGUGAAGGAGACUGUCCUAAAGUGUGUUAUGGUCUGGGUAUGGACAACCUUGGCGUCAUGGACAACCAUGGAGUCACCAUGGUAACAUCUUCUAAUGUGGAGCAGUUCAACAAGUGUAAGAAGAUAUUUGGUAGUCUGGCCUUCCUCCCUCAGAGCUUUGCAAGGGACCCUGUGACCAACACAUCAGGACUGACCCUUGAGCAGCUAAGCAGCUUCAAGACAUUGGAGGAGAUUACAGGUUAUUUGUACAUUGAUGCCUGGCCAGAAGAGUGGACUGACCUGAAGGUGUUUGAGAACCUGAAGGUGAUCAGAGGCAGGAUGCUGUACAAGGGUGUGUUUUCACUUGCUAUCCAGAAUCUGCACAUCCAGUCUCUUGGGUUGCGUUCACUACACAGCGUCAGUGGAGGUUUGGUCCUGUUGCACAACAAUUCCCAGCUGUGCUACACCAGUUCACUGCCCUGGGGGACUCUCCUCCAUCCGACCCAGGGUCCCCACCGCAUCAUCAGCAACAACCAGGGCCCUGAACUCUGUGAGGCACAGGGGCGUAUUUGUCACCCCCUGUGUGACGGGGGCUGCUGGGGCCCGGGGCCCAGCCAAUGUGUGUCCUGCAAGGCUUUCCAACGUGGCACUGAGUGUGUAGAGCAGUGUGACAUCUAUCAGGGGUCUAUACGUGAAUACACAGAUGGAUCUUUGUGUGUUGCCUGUCACGCAGAGUGUCGACCUCUUAAUGGCUCUGCCUCCUGUCACGGCCCGGGUGCAGAACAUUGUGCAGAGUGUCAAAACUUCCAGGACGGUGAGUUUUGUGUGGAUCAUUGUCCCAGCGGUGUAAAGGAGGAUCAGCUAACUGUGUGGAAGUACAGCAAUGCUACAAGACACUGUCUGCCCUGCAACACCAACUGCACACUGUCCUGCACUGUGAUGGAUGAGAGAGGCUGCCCUAUUGAUACCAGGACAGGACCGGGUACAACCAUCGCGGCUGCAGUGGGUGGGGUGGUGCUCUUCUUCAUCCUGCUGGCUCUGCUGGUCUUCUACCUAAAGAGACAGAAGAAGCUUAAGAAGAAGGAGACACUGAGGAGGAUCCUGCAAGAACAUGAGCUGGUGGAGCCUUUAACACCCAGUGGUGCGUCACCCAAUCAGGCUCAGAUGCGCAUCCUGAAGGAGACUGAAUUAAAAAAACUCAGGGUGCUGGGUGCAGGGGCCUUUGGUACUGUUUACAAGGGAGUGUGGGCUCCUGAUGGGGAAAAUGUGAAAAUACCAGUGGCCAUUAAGGUGUUGCGAGAAAACACCUCACCAAAGGCCAAUAAAGAGAUCCUUGAUGAGGCCUAUGUGAUGGCAGGAGUGGUCAGCCCCCACGUGUGUCGUCUGCUGGGGAUUUGUUUGACCUCCACGGUGCAGCUGGUCACUCAGCUGAUGCCGUACGGCUGCCUCCUCGACUACGUCAGGGAGAACAAGGACCGCAUCGGCUCCCAGUUCCUCCUCAACUGGUGUGUCCAGAUCGCCAAGGGGAUGAGUUAUCUGGAGGAUGUCCGGCUGGUCCACAGAGAUUUGGCCGCCCGCAAUGUUCUGGUAAAGAAUCCAAACCAUGUGAAGAUCACUGACUUCGGUCUGGCCCGUCUGCUCGAUAUAGACGAGACUGAAUAUCACGCUGAUGGAGGGAAGGUGCCAAUUAAAUGGAUGGCCCUGGAGUCUAUUCUGCACAGGAAGUUCACUCAUCAGAGUGACGUCUGGAGCUAUGGGGUGACGGUCUGGGAGCUGAUGACGUUUGGUGCUAAACCAUACGACAUGAUCCCAGCGAGAGAAAUCCCAGAUGUUUUAGAGGGAGGAGAACGGCUUCCCCAGCCCCUCAUCUGCACCAUCGACGUCUACAUGAUCAUGGUCAAAUGUUGGAUGAUUGACCCAGACAGCCGACCGAAGUUCAAAGAUCUGGUGAAUGAUUUUAGUGCCAUGGCCAGAGAUCCGCCUCGCUAUGUGGUCAUUCAGAACGACGAGCAGAUGAGCAUGUCCAGUCCAGUGGACAGCCAGUUUUUCCGGAUGCUUCUGGAGGAGGAAGGGAACAAUAUGAGUGAACUGCUGGAUGCUGAAGAGUAUCUGGUGCCCCAGCCAAACCACUUCCCCAGGACUCAGGGAGACGGAGCUCAAGCCAACGGGCCAUCCAGACACCAGUCAUACAGGCAGAGCAGAGAUCAGGGCUUAGAUGUUGAGCCCUCUGUCGCCGGUGGCACUCGGAGCAUGUACUCCUCCCUGAGCACUCUUGGCCGCAGCCAGUACCCGACCUUACCUUUAGGAGCAAGCACCUCCAACGGCCUGUGGACUCCUCAGUACCCAACGCUAGCUCGCAGCCCCUCAGCCGGGGGCCAAUCUGACUCGGUCUUCUUGGACGGGCCUCCGGACGACCCCUCGCUGCCCCCAGCCAGCCCCGGACGCUACUGCAAAGACCCUACCUACUCCAAUGGGAGUCAGGGCGACCUGGAGACAGAUGGGCCAAAUGGCUUUCAUCAUCCCCAUCACCUAAAUCACUCACUGCCCAGACGGAGUCAUGGAUAUAAUCAUAAUCAUGCCUUGCCAGAGUAUGUCAACCAGGAGAUUCAGGAUCUCAGGCCGGGGAUCUUCGAGCGGCCCAGCACACUGCCCCGUAAAGGUCCCAGAGCAGACCGACGACUCCCUAACGGCCUAAGCUCCGGUCACAGCGUGGAAAACCCGGGAUACUUGGUCCCCACGAGCACCAGCACCUCCGCCUCUCCAGCCUUUGACAACCCUUACUACCUGGACCUUGUGGCCAAAGCCAAAGCUGUAGCUGGGGCUGCAGCGGCGGACGACCCCGAGGCACUGGAGAGAGACGGAGGAGUGCCCAGGCAUGUGAACGGGUUUAUGACCCCCACGGCAGAGAAUCCAGAGUAUCUGGGACUAGCGGACACCUGGAGUGGAUAUACUUGAGGAGAGGGACUGGGAAGUAAUGUGAUGAACUCAAGAGGAGUCACAGAUUGUGUUCUACUGAGGGAAACGAGGAGCGAGAGCAAAGGAAAAUGAAUAUUUGUGUGACAAAAAUGAGCUGGGUGUGUGAUUUGAUAUUGGGAAUAGUAUGUGCAUGUGGAAGUGAAUCUUCUCUCGAUGUUGAAGCACCCGAAUCCAAACUGGUCAAGGUUGUCCAGCAAAAGUCACCCAAUUGUGACACACCAUGACUCGACACAGUGUAGCAUUAAUCUGGUGUCUGGCAUUUUCUCUCAGCAAUCUGUACUCGCUAUGUGACUGUUAAGUGCCAAAAAAGAAGUUCACUUAGCCUCUGUAUAUAACUCAAUACUUGAUAAGCAAAUGCGUUCACGUUUGUCAAAACCCAUCAUGGUAUGAGAAGGGUCUGAUUAUCACAGAAUCCAAUGUUUGACUGGAUUAAUGAAUGCUGAUUGUUUUGUUUUUUUAUGUUCAUUUUCUUUUAAUGUCUGUGGUCGUUUUACUACAUGUGAAGCAUUUUUUGUAUUUCCUUCAGUUCCCUCGUGCUACUCAGCCCAGCUAAAAAGAGAAAAAAUGUAUGGAACACUUAGACAAAGUGAGCCAUGAUGUGCAUUGAAGGCGAUGUUUAGUAUUCUGGUCACUUUCUCUCUGACCUGAUGGGGGUCUUGAACACACUCAAAGCCAUUUUGUUCUGGCCAGAGAAGGCCCUGCAGCCCAUCUGGCCAGUAGACAUGCUCCCUGAAAGAAAGGCAUCCUGUAUGGAGAAGACAGAGGCAUUGUGCCACACAAAUGUAUGUGGUUGUUAGUGUCUGGGCCUGCAGCUACUUUGUGGUACGGCAGAUGAGAUACAAGGUACUAGCAGACUUUUUAAGCUGAAAAAUUCUCUUUUUGUUUUAAAGACAAAGUGUACUGGUAACUAAGUUAGAGCCAACUUUUCAGGGAGUGAAGAUUAUGUGCAUUUUAAAUUAUGCACAAUGCACUACAUGUUAGGAUACUGCAUACCCCCCCCCCCAGGCUUGUGUUAUCACAAUGAGCCUUUUGGUUUUGGUGGCCUUUAACUGUUCAAGAAAGCACUACAAGCUAUUGAUGAGUAUAUUCCACAAGAAGUGAAGAUUUUGCAUGUAUGUAUAUACAUGUGUUUGCUACCCUUUAUGGAACAGUUCUGCUGUUUGUGUUUUUGUUGAGCAAUGCAGUAGACACUGGCAUGUGAAUCUGAGGAGGCAAAAAACAUCGCUCUGCUCUGUUUGGAUAAUCAAUGCAUGGUUCGAAUUCCACUCAGCGCGAACACACUGCCAUCCCAGUUAAUAAUCAACUGCAUUUUUUGGACAAGUGUUUUUUUUUCAUGUUAACUGGUGUUGGGCUGGGGGAGGUCAAAAGUGAGUCAAUGGAGCCAUUGUCUGACCCUCAUGUCCUUGUUGGAAAGUCAGCGCUCUCGCACAUCCCAGCGACUGAUGUUGUCAGCUUUGAGAAGAGAGAAAUAGAGUUUUCCUCUGCAGAGGUUUGAAACUCGGCCGCAGAAUGGGGUUCAGUGUUUGGGGCUCGAAAUCCUGCACUUGAAACAAUUGACUGGGUUGUUGAAAUGUGUACAAACCUCUAUCAGCCCCGCAUCACCUACUCUGAAAGUCUUUGGGAAAUUUUCUUUUCUCUUGAUGUUUUCAUACGGGUUUUACAGAGUUUUGUUUCAGAAAAGGAUCUCUAAAAAAUGAUACCUGAUUUUAUAUAACAAUUUCUUACAUAAAAAUAACAUGUUUUUAUUAAAAACAUGUGACGAUUUUAUUUUAAUACCCUCAACUAUCAUAAACUAGCAUUGUUUAGAAUGGAAUUAUUAUUGAGUGAUAAGAUUCACAUAACAGUUUUUUUCAUGUUUAUAUAUAAUGGAUAUACAGUGUUUUGGAAUGAAACCCUUCAUAUGUGUUGUUGUCAGGUGAAGACCUGAUAUCUCCAUGAAGUUAACUUUUUAGGAGAAAAGCAGACUUUAGUUGGACUAAAAUGUAUUUUUGCAUUAGUGUGCUAUUGGGCUCAAUAACUACCUACAAACAUGAACAUCACUUCUGCUGGAGAUACAAGGUUUUCACAGAUCAUAACGACGUUAUAGCACUGCUCACAGAUGUUCUCUCUUCCUUAAUAAUGUGAUUUUUCUCCUGGAUAUUAUGAGACCACGACCUUAUAUACAAUCACAAUUAAUGUUCUGCUGUUUACACUGUAGUGUCAUUUUGUAUAAAAUGUUCAUUUUAGAUGUCUCAUGUAGCCGACACAUUACCCACAGAUGAGGAGCUGAUCUGCCUGCUGUGUUCUUUCUGCAGUUGGUCUUUUUCUUUGACACAAUUAUUUCAAUAUAAAACCGUUAAGUUGUACUAAAACCAGUACAGAGCCUGAGGACUGGCACUGGUCCACGGUCUGGUGGCUUGGUGGUUUAUGGUAACACGUUAUAUUUCCUGCCAUUCUCCCUGUUGAAGUGUUCUUGGGCAAAAUGCUGAAUCGUGAUCAGCUUUCUGAUUGAAAUCAGCUAAAUGUUGAAAAAGUAAAUGGUUGUUGACCGAAGCAAGAAACUCUGCAUGCAGGAGUUAAGCCCAAGAGGAAGGAAGGAACAGUUACCUAACGGGAGUGUGCUGAAGGUUUUAUAAAAUUAAAUAUCUGUAAUUUACAUUUUGAAGAAAAUGUAUCUUUUGUACUUCUCAUGUGAAUAUUGUUUACCUUUCACAGUUUGUGUGAUUGUGACAGGGCAUGAAUAAUAACCAUUUUAUUGGGAGUUUUUUUUAAUGCAUCCUUUCCUGUUUGGUCAGUAAGUCCCAUAAUGUAAAUGUGUAGUGUGUAUAUAUAAAUAAAAACAAUCACUUUGGUAGCUAAUUUGAUUGAAUACAUUGUGACCAGUUGCUCUACUGUGGAGGGAGGGGGGAGUACAUACAUAAGAAAAUAUUUUAUGAAGAAAUGGUAAUUUUUAUAUGGAAUUGUUUGCAUACAUUAUGUGUGUCAUUAAAAGCAUAUAAAACACUUUAAA